AUGCAAAACGGCAGUUCCAAUGGCCCAUCACCCCAAGAUGAACGCGUAACACCGGUUCCCGACACGCCUGGCCCCGAAGACCCCGUCCUAGAAAAUACUCCCGCUUCUGGCCCCUACGAAUCGAUCCCUUCCGAGCCGAAAGACGAUGAAAUUGUCCAUCAACUAGAGGAUACUACCCCGUCGCGUCGCUCAACGCCGCGGCCACCGUCGCCACCAUGGAAGAAGGUCGGGGUCGAGGGGCCUACCUCGUUUCAGCUAGAGGGCAAGCGACGGUCGUCUCGUCAAAACGCGGUCCCUAUGGAGUUUCAACCCCAAUCCGACAAACGACAUACUCGCGCCGCGCAAAACGACUAUGCCAAGAAGAAUACUCGCGAUAGCGCAAAACCGGCCACGUCAUCACCACUGGCCGUGACCCAGUCGCGUGCCGUGGUCAAUGGCAAGCUUGGUGGCAAAGCGACUACAAAUGGGUCUCCCCGGACGGCGCCAUCAAGGGGAACUUCUACUAAGCAACAGUCUAAUUCGCAAUCGCCAGCAUCUAAAUCAAAUCACUCGCGCAUCAGAUCUCGGAGCUCCGGUACCCAGCACCGUCCUCGACCCGGCGCAAACGGCGCAAGUCCCCACCAACUCCGUGAUCGCACCUCCGCUUCAGCCAUCCCCCCAACCGACGGCGACGAUUUAGACGAUCUCAAUGGAGACACGGAGGAGAUGGAAUCCGGAUCCCAAAAGGUUCCGCGACUUCGGAUCAAAGUCAAGAAGCCGAUUCUACCCGUUCGACACCCUGGCCACAUCUCGACCAAGAAAUAUACCUCAUUCCGGGAAUGGGUAGAACAAGAGGAUGCUCCGAGUCUGUUAUCGGAGCAGGAGGCCUUGGAGGAAGCCCAGAGACGACGUCAAGUGCAGACUGCGGCCGAACCUGGUGGUCCGUUGAGCUCGGAGGUUUGCUCAGCCUACAUCACCGACCAACAGGAGGAACCUCCCCCACAAUACUCGCACCAGGAUCAUCUGGUUUCCCAUGCACUAUACUUCCAAAAAUUGCUGGACAAGGAACACAAGCGUCACCGACAAAUGGCGAAAUUGUUUGCGCAGUGGUGCGCCGACGCCUACAGGAAACGCCAUAAGAACCCCGAGGACAUUCUUCGCGAACAACAAGAUGAGCUACGAGUCAAACGCAAACAAUUGGGCAAGGAUUUGCAAAAGAUGUUUGAUUUGGCCCGUGCCGAGAUUGAUCAAGUUCGGCUGGCACGCUGGGAAGAAGAGCGAAAAGUACAGGAUCAGCAAGCCCUUGACCGUGCUAUUAAGAAAUCAACAAUGCUCUUCGAGAAGCGCCGCUCGGAGAUUCUUGGAGAAGUUCCCAGCGAUGCCCCGACCAGUGAAGGAGAAGAGGAAGGUACAGACUCUUCGUCUGAAUCUGGAGCAGAUAAUGAAAGCAAUAUGUCCUCUUCGGAGUCAGAUCUUGAUGAUGACGCCAAUGUUGACGAUGAUGCGACUCUUACUGCAGAAGAACUUCGAUUGAAAUACGCCAAGCUCCCUGCCGAAGAUAACGGAGACCAGAUGUCUGUGUUAUCUGGUGCCACGCCAUCGGUGAUGAACGAAAGCGAAGCUGUUCCUGGUGACACAGAUUCACAUGCAACUCCAGCCGAUUCCAAGCUGGACGACCUUGAUUCAGUAAUGAUGGAUGAUAGCGAUAACUCGACCGAUAUGGACGAUGACAUGGGCGACAGUGAUGACGAUGACGACGACGAAGAGGAGAGCGAAGAGGAGUCUGGCGGCGAGGGUGACGAUGGGCCUGGUUUGUUUGGGUUCUUCUCAUCUAAUGAUCUUCCCAUUGCUAAAGACGGAGAAGAAGUGAACGGGGAACAAGAAGAGGUGGACGUUGCGACAAACCCAGACGAAGAUAUGGAAUUCAAAUUAGCAUCCGAUGGGGAAGCCGAAGAGAACGAAACAGAAGACCCCGAGGAAGUUUCCCUUAUUCCAAAUGGUCUACAGGAAAGGACUUCUUCCGAAGGUACUCCAGCUGAAGUCGUUGAAGCAUCUGUGGUGGACCCCAUGGAUACGGAGGAUGUCUCGACGGCUGAUACCCCCAUGAACGACCAUCCCCCACCGCCAGAAUCACUCGAACUCGCGGAGCCCGAAUCCAAACCCUCUAUCGAUGAGGAGGAGGAGGAGGAAGUUGACGAAGUAAUAGAACGACCCGAAUUAACCGGAGAAUCCAUCCAUGAUGCUCGGCCCAAUGGAGAACUAUCUAGUGAGGCCUCUCCUGGGACGUUUGCCACAAAGCCAUCCGAACCCGAAUCCGUUUCUUCAUACGAACACGCCGUGGAGAAGUCAUUACAAUCUAGUCACUCCCCACCGCCCGGCUUGAAAACACCAAUUCCACACCUCCUUCGUGGUACACUGCGUGAAUACCAACAUUAUGGACUGGACUGGCUUGCUGGUCUCUACAACAGCCACAUCAACGGAAUUCUGGCCGACGAGAUGGGCCUGGGGAAAACUAUCCAAACGAUCGCUUUACUCGCUCAUCUUGCUGUUGACCAUGGUAUUUGGGGUCCUCAUCUUGUGGUGGUGCCUACUAGUGUCAUACUCAACUGGGAAAUGGAAUUCAAGAAAUGGUGCCCUGGUUUCAAGAUUAUGACCUACUAUGGCAACCAGGAAGAACGGAAGCAGAAGCGCAAAGGCUGGACCGAUGACAAUGCCUGGAAUGUUCUAAUUACAUCAUAUCAGCUCGUCUUACAAGAUCAGCAACCUCUUAAGCGGAGAAGCUGGCACUACAUGAUUCUCGACGAAGCUCAUAACAUUAAGAACUUCCGAUCACAGAGAUGGCAAGCCCUCCUUACCUUCAGAACCCGGGCCAGACUUCUCUUGACCGGUACCCCGCUGCAGAACAACCUCACAGAGCUGUGGUCUCUUCUGUUCUUCCUCAUGCCCUCCGAUGGCAAAGGCGCUGGCGUCGAAGGCUUCGCUGAUCUCAAAGACUUCUCGGAAUGGUUCCGUCGACCAGUUGAGCAAAUUCUUGAACACGGAAGGGAAACCAUGGACGACGAGGCCAAGCAAGUGGUGACAAAACUCCAUACCGUUCUUCGCCCGUAUAUCCUACGACGUCUCAAGGCCGAUGUUGAGAAGCAGAUGCCUGGCAAAUACGAGCAUGUGGUCUACUGUCGACUGUCUAAGCGCCAGCGAUUCCUCUACGAUGGCUUCAUGUCUAUGGCACAGACAAAGGAAACUUUGGCUUCCGGCAACUUCCUGUCCAUCAUCCACUGUCUUAUGCAGCUGCGUAAGGUGUGCAACCAUCCCGAUCUUUUCGAGACAAGACCCAUCUCUACGUCAUUUGCGAUGCCCCGAUCCGUGGCUACGGAAUACAAGAUGAAGGAAUCCCUUGUUCGACGAAGGUUGCUUUUCGAUCACCCUCUGACGAAGGUCGACCUGGACUUUCUGAACCUUGCACCCAUAUCUCGGGAGGAUAUUUCGCGCCGCUUGGCUGAUGACAGCAUUCGACUGAUGGCCUUUGGGCCGUUCAAGACCCUCCGUGAGCGCCAAUACCAGCGUACCAAUUGGCAGAUGGGUUUCGAUGGGUCGCGCAUGGAAACAAUUCUGGAGUCAUUGGAGAAUGCUUGUCGUAAGAGGAGAAUGGCCGAGCUCGAGCGUUCUCUCUACUUUGAAUCAAAGCGCCAUGGUCGUCGACCUAUCUACGGUAGCAGCUUGAUCGAGUUCCUCAGGGCUGGCACCAACAAGGAGCAUGCGCUCUCUAAUGCUCCGUUGCGAAAAAGUAACAUGGCUGAAUGGCUGUCAAGCCGGUCAUCUGUACUUGCGUCUAUGAUUCUCACACUUGAAGAACGGGCUCUCGAUAUGGACGGUUACGUCCAAAGGUUCGCCUGCGUUACUCCCGCUGCAGUCGCUUCUGGCACGACAGAAGCUGCCUUGACCCCUGUGGAAACGCGACUCUUGACCAACACCGACAAAGAGCAACCUUACGACCCUUUCCAUGAGUCACGAAUGCGACUAUCCAUUGCCUUCCCAGAUAGGCGGUUGUUACAAUACGAUUGUGGCAAGCUCCAGCGUCUUGACAAACUGUUGCGCGACCUCAAAGCGGGCGGUCAUCGAGCUCUUAUCUUUACGCAGAUGACCAAGAUGCUCGAUAUCUUGGAACAGUUCCUUAACAUCCAUGGACAUCGCUACUUACGACUCGACGGUACUACAAAGGUCGAAUCGCGACAGAUGCUGACCGAGCGGUUCAACAGUGACCCUCGCAUCUUGGCAUUCAUCCUAUCCAGUCGAUCCGGUGGUCUAGGUAUCAAUCUCACGGGUGCUGAUACGGUCAUCUUCUACGAUCUCGACUGGAACCCCGCCAUGGACAAACAGUGUCAAGACCGUUGUCAUCGUAUCGGCCAGACCCGCGAUGUGCACAUCUACCGCUUCGUGUCCGAGUACACCAUCGAGUCCAAUAUCCUCCGCAAAUCCAACCAGAAACGGAUGCUGGACGACGUCAUUAUCCAAGAAGGCGAGUUCACCACCGACUACUUCACCAAGUUGCGAGAACAAAAUAAGAUCAUUGAGGAGACCGACGAGCGCGACGGCCAAGACGAGGCUAGUGCAGCCAUGGACCGUGUCCUGGGAAAUCGUGUCACAACCGCGACCCGAAACCUCGAGCAGGCCGAGGAUAAGGAAGAUAUCGACGCAGCCAAGAAUGCGCAGAAGGAGCUCGAGCAUGCGGACGAUGGAGACUUUGAAGAAGCGCAGAGUGCCUCGCAUGGGACCCCUGCUCAGGCUGGUACUCCCUUGCCUGCAGCAGAAGACGGAACCCAAGUCCCGGGCGCCACCUCGGUGCCCGUGGAGCAGCUACCUGGUCACAUUGACGAUUACCUGCUUCGUUUCAUGGAAUGGAACAUGCGUGAUGAACCCCUUGUACUACCACCGGACAAAAGUAAGAAAAAGUCCAAGAAGGGCAAGGAACACCACCUGAAACGACGUCGCUGA